GUCGCGGCGCGCGUGUUGCUUUACGACUCGGGCUCUCGGCCGUCGCAAAAGCGCCCUCAUGGCGGCCGCGCCGCCGACGUACCCUCGUUGGGCGCUUUACCUGGCCCAGGGUCAGAAGAUCCCGUACAAGCGGCACUGGGUCCGGUGUACUCAUCCUCUGGCGCUGGCCGAUAAGAUUCGGCGCCCUCCCCAGUACUCGCAGGAACCAGAAUGUCUCACAGAGAUAUCAUUAAUAAUGGCCUGUUGGAAGCAGAAUGAGUUCAGUGACAUAGCUUGUGCCGAGGAGAUCCAGACAUUCUUACGCUGCUCAUCAGAGUCAGAGGCCAGGCGCAAGGAGAGAAUGAAAAGAGAAGCUAUGGGCCAGACAGGCCAUUUUAAUUUACAAGAAGUCAAUCAAAUACUAAAGGAAUUUCCCAAUAUUAAAAAGUUCAGUUAAAGAAGUUCGCUUUCCCACAUGCGUGGCUAUCAGAAGCUGAGAUUGGGCCAAUAUUUAAACAUACUCCUUACUACUUUGUUUUUGAAGCUGAAGAAGAAUGUUCUACUACAAUUUAUAGGGGUUUAUGACUAAAAACCCAUCUGUUCGGUAAAGUGAAAAUCUUAAGUACACUCUGUUAUGAAGCUCCUUUGAGCUGAAGAAUGAUUGUGUGAAAUGUUGCUCUGUGAGUUGCAUUUGUAAUCAACUGUAAAAUAAAGUCUCCCGGAGUAACCUACA